AGGGAACAGGAGGGAGAGGUGGGCAGCUCUCUCUCUCUCUCUCUCUCUCUCUGUCUCUCUCUCUCUGUCUCAGUCAGACUUGCCGGCUGCUGGUCUCUUCUUCCUCCUGUCUGGUCGGGUUCUCUUCUUUGCCGGUGGCUGGCUGGAGGAGUUUAGCUGUCUCUUGGCUGGAUUUGAACAUGGACUGGACAGCUCCACGCAGCGAGACAUGAGAAGAGUCACUGGAGCUACACUGUAAGCUGCUAGAUCUGUCGUGUUGUCUACAAGGAGUGGCAGCAGCUCUGUCUUUCUGAAGACAUUUGUGGCAUGAAACCAGAUCACAUACGUCUUUCAUUCAUCACUUCCUCCUUAGUCUCCCUCCCCCACUCUCCAGUUAGAAACUCUCACCUCAGCUCCACCGCAUUGAUGAGGUAACGUCAAGCUCUACGUAACGCAGCACCCACCUGCACAAACACCACCUUCCCCUUGCUUCCCCUCCUUCUGUCAACCUUUCUACGCAGCCAUGGGGCAGAAGAUCUCUGGCGGCAUCAAAUCGGUCGACAGUCGCGGGGAAAGCGGCGGCUCCCCGUCCUACCGUCCUUUGGCGCACCGGCGGCAGCACCCAGAACUGAGGGGCCCAGAUUUCUCCAAACCUCAAAGGCUGGAUCUCCUAUUGGACAUGCCGUGUGCCGGACUGGAGACCCAGCUCCAUCACGCGUGGAACCCCGACGACCGCUCGCUCAACAUCUUUAUCAAAGACGAUGAUAAACUGACAUUUCACCGCCACCCGGUCGCUCAGAGCACGGACUGCAUCCGGGGGCGGGUCGGAUACACAAGGGGUCUCCACGUGUGGAAGAUCCACUGGCCAUCCCGGCAGCGUGGCACCCAUGCCGUGGUUGGGGUGGCAACCUCCGACGCCGCUUUACAUUCGGUUGGCUACACGGCGCUGGUGGGGUCGGACUGUGAGUCCUGGGGCUGGGAUCUGGGACGCAACAGGCUCUACCACAACAGCAAGAACAGGGCUCACAGCACACUGCCCACGUACCCUUGUUUCCUGGAGCCGGAGGAGUCGUUCACACUGCCGGACUCUCUGCUAGUGAUUCUGGACAUGGACGAAGGGACGCUGAGCUUCAUGGUGGAUGGACAGUAUCUAGGAGUCGCAUUUAGAGGACUGAAGGGCAAGAAGCUGUAUCCCGUCGUCAGCGCUGUGUGGGGACAUUGUGAGAUAGCCAUGAAGUACAUCAACGGCUUGGAUCCGGAGCCUCUGCCUCUGAUGGACCUGUGUCGGCGCGCAGCCCGCCUGGCGUUGGGUCGCGAGCGGCUUCAGGAGAUUGAGGGCCUCCCUCUGCCCCAGUCCCUGAAAAAUUACCUCCAAUACCAGUGACUGACACCAGCAGAGCCAACUGGGAGUACAAGGACACAAACCAGACCACCAGAAAGUCUAAAGGAUGAAUAAAAGAGAUGAGAGAUGAUACAUGGGAAGCAUGUCCACACUGAGAGCACCAUAGCUCUACAAAAAAAGAUGGAUUUAUGAAAGGAUGGAGAGAAAGCUGAUGGAUGAACUGACGGAGGAGGUCCAGGCUUUCAAACAAAGACGGCACCAGCUUCUUCUUGGAUUUCGAGCUGCUUUUUUUAAUUUGUUCUUGACUUGAAAUAAAUUAUUGAUGAUGGUAUCCCAUCAGCGCCUCACUCGUCCAGAAAGAAAAACCCAUCCGGUGUGGUUAGUGUUCAGAUGACCACCGCCUCCUACUGAUGAGAAUGAAAACUGCGCCGAGAAAGCACACUAAUCCUAUCCCUGGAGGCCUUUCUGACAUACAGUCAGUGACCAUAUUAUUGCUUGUUGGAUACCAUAGUGUGUAUUCAUGGUCUCCACUGGCACAGGUGAAAGGCUGCAGAGUCCAGAUGUCCAAGAGCAUUUUAGCACUGUUGUUGUUUUUUAUCUGAUUGACUUGGGGCCCGACCAAAAGCUCACAUUGCAUACAGAGUAGAUAAAAAAAAAAAAAAAUGGCUGCAAGGUAUAUGCAAACGUUUAGUCAUGAGAAAAAAGCAUGCCAAAUUUAUCUCCUGGCUUUAUGCAGACAAUUGAUGAGAGUUGAGCCUUUUUCAGACAUGGAGUAAGUAACGUCCGUCAGUUAAAGUGAUGGCUUUUUGUCGUUUAGAAGUGUUUAAGUACAAAAAUGUUGUUAUAGAUUAAUUCACAAUGCUCGUACAGUAUUUAGCGCCUGGUGCACGAGAAGAGCUGCUGAAAAGUAAUGAUGUGAAGGAAGAAAGCGCAUCAGUGAUGGAUUUGAAAAAUUUAUUUUGCUAUUUAAGUCUAAAUCAAUGACCAUUGUCAGCAUUACAGAAGCUAAACACUAGUUUCCACUCAUGGAUUUAAUCAUUUAUUAGUUGGUUUUAUAACAUUUAUUUUAUUUUGCUGCGUAUUUCAUAAUAAUGGCCAAGUACAGAAUAACAAGACGUUAUAUUGGGACUCUUGUUUGCUAAUAUGCUGUAUGUGAAGCAUUUUUAUAUACAGGUUAUUCUAUCCAUGCAGUUAGCCUGAAUGUAACUCUGAUGAUUUUUUUCAUGUUUUUUUAACCUCUUUUGCCCCUUGCUGCAUGGGUAAAUGAAAAAAGCCUUAUAAUCUGAUUUGACAGGACAACAAUCUCCUCCACAACUUGAAAUUGGCAAACUGACUUAUUUUCUUUGUGCAUAAAAAUGAUAAUUAAGUGGUACAUUUGUUACAGUGCCCCUAAAGCUCCUGAAAACAAGGCCUCAAAUAGGAAUUAUUUCUCUGUAACAUUAAAUAUUCAUAACUUAAUAAGCACCAAUCAAAGUUGGAAAAAAAUAACUUAAAAACUCAUCUAAUCUGCUUCAUCAGGACUGUGUUUGUGUGGUAUGAUUUGAUUGACAAUACCCCAAACAAUCCAUCAAAUGCCGUCAGAUUUGAAUUCAUAUAUAUAUAGUCGAAUCAUGAUUGGUGGAUGCAAUUACCUUUUUCUAAAUGAGCCCCGCCCACUUUAAGAGUCAGAAGAGCAAACAACCAGAACAUUUCUAACUCCUAACAGACAACUGUGUUCUUGUAGGACCCCAUUGAUCAUAAGAUGAAUGAGAAAAUACAUUUUUAGGGACUUUUUAAUAAGGGAACAAGACAUGCAUUUAAUCCUCUUAUGUGCAUAAAUUGUGUUACUAUGGCCUUUAUGACAAUGUGAUGAUAUCCAAUUAAAACUUGCGCGGUGUGGGAAGCGACCUAUUAGGAUUGCCGUCAUGACUUUUACGUAACGAGCUGCGUGUCUGAAAGGGGUUUCAUCACAGAUAUAGACAGGACAAAACUGCUUGCUGUUUAAAGUGUUAAGUGGCACUGAGAAGCAUUCCUCACCGGACACUAAAUCAUGUGUUAUGAUGUCAAUCAGGACCAAAGUAUUCAUACUAAGCCAUGGAGUGUGUGAAUGUGUCUGUAUGAGCUGUAGGUCGCAGCCCGUCGCAGUGUAACUAGUGCUAACAUGCUGCUGGCUGUAAGAAGAGCCUCGCCUGCUGUUGUAGCACCCUGCUGUAGCUCACAGGUACCAGACAGCUGUAUCUGUCUGCUGUCCGCACAACUGUCUUAAUGACCACAAACAAACUGGACCAGAGCAGAUCUAGUCUCACUGGAUCUAUAAUAAAGGCUGGAACAGAAUGUAGGAACAUUACUGCGACUGCAGUGGCAGAUUCUGGCUUAGAAUAGGAUGCAGAUGGCCAAUACAUACACACACACACACACACACACACACACACACACACACACACACACACACACACACACACACACACUGUAGACCAAUCAUGUUUUCUUUCCUAAAAAAAAGCUUGAGUCACUUUUUUAACGUCUGAGUUUGUAUUCUACAUAUAAUAAUAAUAAUUGUUAUUAUUAUUAUUAUUGUUAUUAUUAUUAUUAUUAUUAUUAUUGUGAGUGUGGAGUCUGAUGAUGGCAGGAUGAUGAUGCUGAUGAUGAUGAUUAUUAAUAUUACCUGUCACAAGCUAGUCCUAUGUUUGUUUUUUUAACUGAUGAUUGAUGGUUACAUUCAGGUAAAUUUAAUACAAAGAUGCUGGUGAUGAAGGGAGAGAGAAAUCAAGUUGUUUCUUCAAUGCUGCUUUUAUUAUUAUUAUUAUUAUUAUUAUUAUUAUUAUUAUUAUUAUUUGUGAUGAUAGUGGUCUCACCUCCUGUUUUCAUCAGUUAGGAUGGGGAGAAAAGGACCAUUCCUAAAAGUAGUAGAAUGUAUGGACAGACGGCGCAGUUGAGAUGUCAACAGAUAUGAAAUGUGAAUAAAAGCCAAGUGAAUUUAA